AUGGUGUUCAACAAGCUAGUUUCGUUUCAGAUUGACUAUGCUCCGCAAUAUUAUCUAACGAAAUACAUCUCAACUCAUUCGCGCCUCCAAUUGAUCCAUAUCAACAAUAAGGCAUCGCCUAUCGUUGAAGGCUUCUUCGCUGUGGGAACAGAAUGCCCUACAGACUCAGGCGUGCCACAUACAUUGGAGCAUUUGAUCUUUAUGGGCUCACAUAAUCACCCAUACAAAGGAUUACUUGAUAUGGCAGGGAACUUGUGCAUGUCUUCCACAAACGCAUGGACCGCUACCGACCAAACUGUCUACACAUUAACAACUGCUGGAUGGUCUGGUUUCAAAAAGCUGUUACCAAUCUACCUCGAUCACAUUUUAAAUCCUACAUUGAGCGAGCAUGCUUUUACUACAGAAGUUCAUCACAUCGAUCCAGAUGAUUUGGAGGAUAAGGGAGUGGUCUACAGUGAAAUGCAAGCCAUGGAAUCUGACAGCGACUUUAUUAUUACUUUGGAAAAACAAAGGCAAAUGUUUCCUGAGGGAAGUGGCUACAGAUCAGAAACAGGUGGCUUAACUGCUAAUUUGCGUGAGUUAACAAAUGAUGCCGUCAAGAAGUUUCAUGAAGAUAUGUAUUCGCCCGAUAAUCUAUGUGUUAUUGUCGUUGGGCAUGUCCCCCAAGAUGAAUUACUGAAAAUCAUGGAGAAUUUCGACAGUGAACUACCUGAAUUCAAAGGAAAUCGUAAGAAACCUUUUGUUGAUACGAAAGAGUCUCAGAUCCCUCAACGAAGAUCUGACUUAACACAAAGUGAGGUAGAAUUUCCGGAAGUUGACGAGUCUCAGGGAGGGAUGACCUUCGCAUGGAUAGGCGAACCUUUUCCUUCACAUCUAAACGAUUUGGGUGUGACAAUACUGAUGGAGUACUUCACCAAAACCGCUUUGGCACCUUUCACAAAAGAGCUAAUCGAGACAGCCGACCCUCUUGCUAAUCAUGUUUCGUUUGAUACUGACGAUUUCAUGAGAACUAUUGUUAAUCUAACGUUCUAUGGAGUUCCUACGGAACGGCUAGGGGAGGCGAAGGAAAAAGUCCUUGACGUUAUACAGAAUCAUAGCAUUGAUCUUUCCAGGAUUAGGCAAGUUGUGGAGAAUGAAAAAUGGACUUUCGUGCAGGAUUGCGAGAGAAGUCCCUUCAUCUUAAGUGAGUUGUGUAUUACCGACUUCCUAUAUGGCUCAGAUGAUGGAAAGCUCCUUGAAGAAUCCUUAAAAGAUUUGAAAGAUUUUGAGCUACUACUUCAGUGGGAAAAGUCCCAGUGGCAAGAGUUACUACAGCGCAAUUUUGUGGAUAACCGGCCGGUGAUUGUGUUAGGCAAACCUAGCAGUAGCCUCUAUGCGCAGUUGGAGGAGGAACAAAAAACUAGACUGGAAGAGAGAAAGGCUAGUCUUGGAGACCAAGGUUCAAGAGCUCUCAAAAGAAAACUUGAAGAUGCUAUAAAGGCGAAUUCUAAGGCCAUUCCUCCAGAGCUACUGGAACAGUUUGUUGUUGACGACCCUGUCAAGAGUAUCGACUUCAUCGAGACGAAAGGUAUAACUACAAUAAGGAACCCAUUGAACGAUGAAACCGACGAACUAACGCGAAGGGUUUUGAAUCAAAAACCACCUAAUUUCCCUUUCUUUCUUCAUCUCGAACAUUUUACAUCUGAAUUUGUGCACAUUAGCUUUUGUCUCAACACAACAACAGUUAAAGACGUGAGUCUUUUGCCAUUGUACCAUGUUAUGUGCAAAAUAUUUUCAUUUCCUAUGCGGUGCGAGGAUGGUUCCAUAGAGCCCUUUGAAAAGGUUUUGUCAACCCUGAAAGCAGAAACUAUACAAUCUAGCCUUUCCAUGGGCAUUCAGGGAGUUUUUACUAACUUGCUACAAGUUCAUAUCGGCUCCCGUUACUCUAAUUACAAAGAAGCUGUAAAAUGGAUCAAACACUGUUUAUAUGACAUGGUUUUUGACGAAGAGCGUAUCAGCAUCUUUAUUGAGAGCUUUUUGAGUUCUAUUGUGGAGCUAAAACGAAGUGGAUAUGAUAUGUUAGACUCUUUGAUAAACCGUCACACGUUUACGCCUAGAGCAAUGAAAAAAUCAACUGAUGGUUUGUUUGUGAAGGAUAUACUGCAAGCAUACUUGGAUGAAAUCAAUAAUGGUAACUUUGAGACAAAAGUUUUGCCCAAACUAGAGAUUUUAAGAGAUCAGUUGAGAGCUAAUUUCAACACGUUUCAUAUCUUGAUCUCAGGUAAUGCGGAGAAAAUGGGAGACAUUUAUGGGCCUUGGAUGGAAUACUUUGGGGAGUAUGUCGACAAGCAAAAUGAAGUUAUGAAAGUGCCCCCCGUUCCACGCUUAACAGAUACCCUAAGUGAUUUAGGAAAGGAUAUGAGAGACACCGCUCAUAUCGUGACUACCCCUGCUUCAGAAUCUUCCUAUGUGAGCGUGAUAUCCAAUUUGCCCUCCGGUUUUGACUAUUAUCACCCAGAUUAUCCAGCGAUUGUAUUGGCAGAGGAGUAUCUCGGUUGUGUAGAAGGCCCACUAUGGAAUGGCAUUAGAGGUGCAGGUCUUGCCUACGACGGCUCGAUUAGGAAAAGGAUGGAAUCCUCAUUGAUAGAGUUUUCUUUCUACCGUGCUGCAGAUGCUACUGGGUGCUUUCAAGCGGCGAAAGAAAUCGUGCAUAACUUUGCCGCGGGGGUCACUAAGUUCGAGCCGAAUCUUUUGCCAGCCGCAUUGAGCAGUGUUCUUCUCUCUAUGGCACAGGCCGAAUCCGAUUAUUUUUCGCUCGCUGGUAAGAAGUAUGCAGACAUCUUCUGCAGGAACAAAGAACCGAACUACAAUAAACAGUUCUUGGAAAAACUUGGUGAACUGACCGCUGACGAUUUACAGCGAGUGGUAAAAGAAUACUUUGUUGACAUUUUUAAUCCAAGACGUGGGGCUGUUUUCAUCAGCUGUCACCCAACAAAAUUGGAUUCCAUCCGUGCAUUCCUGCAGCAGGAAGGCUACGAUGUGUCGGUCGAAGAGUUAGAGGAGGAUAGUGACUAUGAGAGUGAUGACGAUUCUUGCAGUGAUUCUCAAGAAGACUAA